UCCCUGCGCCGCAAGCGCUUUAAGAUGCGGCGCACCAAAAACGUCCUGAUCGAGAGGGAGGUGCCCGAGGGGGGCGGGACCCUGCCCGGCUCCGCCCCCAGCUCCACCUCCAAGGAGUACCUGCAGCUGCCGUCCAUCGAGAUCACGCCGUCCAGCGACGAGGACGCCCCCUGGUCCAACUGCUCCACCCCCAGCGCCUCCCCCCGACGCAAGCGCUGCCUGCUGAAGAAGUGGCUCCGGGUUCGGGAGAAGAAGGACGGCAGUGAGAGCAGCAGCCAGCAGAGCAGCCUCCAGAGCAGCCAUGAAGAGGACUCCACCCGCUUCCUGACUCCUUACAUCCGCGAGGAGAGGGCAGACAGUGGAGUGGACCGGCUGAGCACUGCCAGUAACUCGAACCGGAGCACGCCUGCCUGCUCGCCCGUCCUUCGCAAACGCUCUCGCUCGCCCACGCCCCAGAACCCGGAGGGCGACACCAUGGUGGAGAAGGGCUCGGACCACUCCUCUGACAAGUCACCCUCGACCCCGGAGCAGGUCGUGCAGCGCACCUACAGCCAAUCGGUGCACUCCACACGCAGUGGCGGCAAGAACUCCAAAAAAAGCCAGAGCUGGUACAACGUCUUGAGCCCCACAUAUAAGCAGCGCAAUGAGGACUUCAGGAAGCUCUUCAAGCAGCUGCCUGACUCAGAACGGCUCAUCGUGGACUACUCCUGCGCCCUGCAACGAGACAUCCUUCUGCAGGGACGACUCUACCUCUCAGAAAACUGGAUCUGUUUCUAUAGCAACAUCUUCCGCUGGGAAACGCUGCUAACAGUGCGGCUGAAGGACAUCUGCUCCAUGACGAAGGAGAAGACAGCCCGUCUCAUCCCCAAUGCUAUCCAACUUUGCACUGACAAUGAGAAGCACUUUUUUACCUCGUUCGGGGCCCGAGACCGGACUUACAUGAUGAUGUUCAGGCUGUGGCAGAAUGCUCUGCUCGACAAGCCAUUGUGUCCCAAAGAGCUGUGGCACUUUGUUCACCAGUGCUACGGGAACGAGCUGGGCCUGACCAGCGAUGACGAGGACUACGUGCCACCAGAUGACGACUUCAACACCAUGGGAUACUGCGAGGAGAUCCCGGCCGAGGACAACGAGGUCAACGACAACUCCUCCAAGAACCUCGGCGAGGCCAAGCCCGACGCCAAGCCCGACGCCAGCCCGCUGCUCAGCAAGAAGGCCUACAGCAACAACAACGCCCUCACCCCCACCGGCAGCGGUGACACGCCCGUCUCCUUUGACCUCCCCCCGGCGGAGGAGUUUCCGGGUUGCCUCCCGGAGGGAGAUGUGCUGACCCUCCCGCUGACGGACCACAAGAGCGAACUCAGCAUUCCCGUCCCUGUGCCCGUCCUCUCGCCCUCGCUCGACUUCAACGACAACGAGGACCUGCCCACAGAGCUCAGCGACUCGUCUGAGACGCACGACGAGGGAGAGGUGCAGGCCUUCCAGGAGGACCUGAAUGGGAAGCAGUACAUCAAUGAGGUGUACAAGUUCAGCGUUGACAAGCUGUACGAUAUCCUCUUCACCGAGUCCCAGUUCAUGAGGGACUUCCUGGAGCAGAGGAGAUUUUCGGAUGUGGUAUAUCACCCCUGGAGGAAGGAGGAGGCGGGGAACCAGACCCGUGAGAUCAUGUACACCAUCUCCCUCACCAACCCACUGGCUCCCAAGACGGCCACGGUCACAGAGACACAGACUCUGUACAAAGCCAGUCAAGAGAGCGAGUGCUACAUCAUUGAUGCAGAGGUGAUCGCACACGACGUCCCCUACCACGACUACUUCUACACCCUUAAUCGUUACAUGCUGACUCGGGUGGCUAAGAACAAGUGCCGAUUGAGAGUCUCCACAGAGCUGCGUUACAGGAAGCAACCCUGGGGUCUGGUCAAAGGCUUCAUAGAGAGAAACUUCUGGAGCGGACUGGAUGAGUACUUCAGGCAUCUAGUGCUGGAGCUGAGUAAGGCCGAGGCGGUGUUUACAGACCCGCACCGGCAGCAGUCGCCCAAGGCCAAGGCCCUGAGGACGGCGACAGCGCGCCGCAGGAAGCGACCUCACACUCUCCUCCGAGCCCAACACCUGGACGAGGCCCUGAGUGCCGUGACCACGCCCGAGGACGAGGAGGUCAUACACCGCAUCAAACACGUGGCAGGUUCCACGCAGACAAGACACAUCCCUGAGCACGUCCCCGGCGGCUUCGCCCUGUACAGCGUCUCCAAGCUCCUCCUCAUCAUCAGCUUUGUCCUGGUGUUGCUGGUCUUCCUCAACAUAAUGCUCUUCUAUAAGCUGUGGAUGUUGGAGUACACCACCCAGAGCCUCACCACUUGGCAGGGCCUACGACCCCACGAAAGCAAACUGCCGCAGACGCAGACGGAGUGGGCGCAGGUCCUGGAGUCGCAGCAGCGCUACCACGACGACGAGCUGCAGAAGUGGAGGGCCAUUAUCAAGUCCUCGGUCCUACUGUUAGAUCAGAUGAAAGACUCGCUAUUGAACCUCCAAAAGGGCAUUGGCUUGAGAGACUACAGCUCAGAAGCAGAGGAGAAAAGAAACCGCUAUCACUGAAAAAAAAAAAAAAACCUCGGCCAAGAGGGGAAUGGCGUGCAAUAUGACAAUACAGGCAUGGACACAUGUGCAAAUGAGAGAUUACCCAUACUGGACCAAUGUGAUCGAGAGGAUUCUUCUGCUGCUGUCACCCGCCAGACCAUCAGCAGGAAGUGCCAUCAUCCUAAAGAGGAAGUGGAGCACUGAGGCAUUACGAGGAAGACAGCAGUACUCCCCCUCGGCGUAAAUCCUAUCUUGUUUUCUCUCUCUGCUCUAGAACUUCACACCGUAAGUUUUAAAUGCGUACAAAAAAAAAGAAACAAGUCCGACCAUCAACAACAACAAAAAAAAGAACCAAAAGCAUGCGAUUUUAAAUCUUUUAAAUGAGGAUUUGUAGUUGGAUUCCUGCUCACUCUGUGUCUCUGAAGAACUGCAAUGACAAAAAAGACAAGGGCAGGGUUUCUGUAGUUCCCAGGGUUUUAGCACUCCCUUGACUGAUCCCAGAUAGACCACCCCGUGACAUCAGAGCUGCAGUAUCCCUUGCCCCCAGUGUUGACUGUGGGUCCAGGUUACUCAUUGAGCAUCAAAUUGUAUGCAAAUGCACUGAGCUUAAGUUCUAAGACAUGAUUCACAGAGAUAUAUAUAUAUACGUAGUUAUGUGUAGUUAUAAUUUUUCUAUUGGAAUUUAUGCCUGACAAGGCUCUUUUUUGCCAGGUCUACAUGGAGAGUCAGGGGCUGGUUUCCCUGAUAGCUAUGUGCCAUGGUGUUGUGUUUAUAUAAUCAUGAUAUGUGGUUACGACUUCUUUUGUGACACGAGGUUUGUCCAUAGUAUUUAAUGAUCCCCGUUAUUUGUCAGGACUGUCUGUGACAGCAACGGCUGGAAGUGUUUAUCGGAAAGUGUUGACUAAACCGGGGAGGGGGAACGCGACGGACAUUUUGUUUUCUUAGUUCGGAUUGAGUUCGAGAAACACCGAUUUUACCAGCAAUAAAGUGUCUACUAUUUGUCAGCUGCUGUAAACAGGGAGCUUUGCCACCUUCCCCAUGAAUCGCGAGAGCUACGUUUGUGUGGGUUGGCCCUUAAAAGCUUGAAGCUCCCUCCAUGGUAUUGUGAAGCUGGAGUAGUGUGGCGAAGCUGUCAGAAUGUUUUGUGUUAGGAGUGUUCAAACUAUGCAUUGGUAAAUAGACCCAGCAGCAUCAUCGUUCACUGAUAUUAUUGCCUUGUAUCAUUGGACAAUGAAUCGGGUCUGAUGAUAUGAAAACGUACCAUGUCUAUGAGAUUCGUUUUUUUUUUUUUUUUUUUUUCAUCCACUGACAAUUUUCAUUUCAUCCUCUCCUUUGAGAGUGUACCUCACUAGUGUUAAAGGGCCAGGUCCUUAAGAAGUUAAAUGGCACAAUCUGUUUAUUUAUGACUGUUUUUUGCAAUUUCUUUUGCCAAGUUUUGGGGUGUCAUAACCCAUAUAUUUUUGCCCUAAAUAUUGCAGUCUUAAUCCAUGUAAUUGUAACUACCUUCCCUUAAGCUAUCUGGCCACUAUUUUUUAUAUUCAUCAAAAAGCAUGACUAUUUGCAAGUUUUUAAUCGGUUCUGAAGCAGAAUGUACUCUUAACUUGGAGUUGCGUGUGGUCCUAAGUGUGGUCCACAUGGAAUUGUGAGUUAGGGACUAUUUUUUGGAAUAUUCUUUGCUUGAAGAGGUGAUGUGAAUCUGUUUGAUUAAGAUAACACCAGAAAGAAGGGUGCUACAUCAGUGUAAGAAUUUCAUCUGCGUCUAAACAGGGAUGAAGAGAGUAAUAGUUCUUUAUGUGUGAAAUCUGGUCACGUGAGAUUUUUUUGCCAGCAUUUUUAUAGGUUUUGCUGAAAAGUGAAAGGGGGCAUUGAGUCCUGACUAAAAUUUCAGUUAUAAGAGUUGGCUGUUCCUCCGGAAUUUGAAGACAUUCCCUGCAAUGUGAGAAGCAGACUGGUAAACAGGGAGAGACAUAAGGAAAGCAGGGGGAAUGGGCUGUGGGAUGAGGGGAAUUUUACUUAUUUAUUUUUAUUUUCUUGCAAAAAGGGAUGCUGCAGCUGGACGAUGUGGGGCUGUUACUCAGAGAAUGUUUGAUUACAAAACUGUGAAUAUCUCUAUUUAAAUUACUUUAAGUUGGAAAAGAAAAUAUGAAGUAUAAACAUAGAGAUGCAGAUAUUUAUUGAUGAUAUAUGUACAGUACAGCGUAUAAAAAAAAUUAUUAACAGAGCCCAAGGCAUGUUGAAGAAUUAAUGGGUAAAAGAAUAUGUUUCUUCAGCUACAUUCUCAGACCUGUCUGUCACACCGUGUCUUUGUCAGUGCAACAUGGGGAGCAUUGUAUGUUUGUUUGUGUUGCUUCAUUUCAUAGCUCCAGCAUGUAGACGUAACAACCAGGCUGCCUUUUGCUCAUUGGCCAUAUCCUGCUAUAUCCUGGCUACAGCUCACAGCCACACGACCAAUGAACAGUCCUGCCACUGGCGUGUCCCCGGCAACAAUACUGCACCACACACACUCUUCAUUUCAUCAAAACAACAGUGCAGUAUUAUGCCUAAAAGUAGCUAGCAUUAAUGACAUAAAACUCUGAGAACAGACACCACAUUCCUCAUUCCACAUUGUCACUUCUCGAUUUAAAUGCAAAGCAGAGAAUACAAAUACCAAAUUCAACCUUUCAGUCUCUCCAUAGUUAUUGCUUACAACGAAGCUUGUCACUCAUAAUUCAGUCUCUACACUUAUCACCAUCUGUACCUGCAUAGCAUACGGUAUAUUACUGUAUAUCACUUGACUAAUACUGUGGUAGUGUGCUGCUCAGUCUGAACACCAUACACACCCAGAAACGGUCAGAAAGUCCUGCCCUGUGUUUCUUCCAUGAACUCCAGCCAGCCGAUUACACAAAUUAGUUCUACCUCUUGGGUGAAUGAUUGUGGUAACUAGCAAAUCCAGGUGAUUGGAACAAAAUGCUGGAGAGGAUUUUAUUUUCUGAACCUGGAUUUUCCACAUCUGUAUAUACCUUAUGCUUGAAUAUUUUUACUGCCUGGUUUUUCAAAAUGGCCCCCAUGCCCCUCAUGCCAGUAUUAGGUUCAGUGUAAAAAUCUCUUGAGAAUGUUUAAUUGGGUGCAUGUGAUCCCGAUUGGGCUAAUAUAAACUCUGGUAGAGCUUUUAAAAUAAGUGUUCUUGGUGAAGUAAAGUUCACCACCUCUUUGCUUAAUCGGCAAAGAAACACGCACGGCACGUGUUGAAACAGCCACACAAUGGCAGUAUUGUGAACUCUAUUAACCACCAUUUGUAGAAUAAACGUUACCAUUCAAAGCAAUUGUGCAUGCAGUUACUACACAACAGUUACAAUAGUGUUUCAAUGGAGAGGGGGUGAAUGAGAAACAGUAGUCUGUUGUUUAUGCACUAGUUCUCUAAGAGACUCCAAUUCCCAUCAUCAUGCAUUCAGUCAUGAACAACCUCCAAUUUAGUAUGUCAAAACUGAAUAUACAGAAGGUCUCACACACAGUUCAUAUGCAUAUAUUCCACAUAAUCUCUGCUUUCCUAGCCCCAUCUCAAAGAUUUUUAUGUACAGUAUAAUAAAACUGGAGUGAGGUGAAAAUGAUAUUGGAGUAAAUAAUGUUGAUAAUGAAGCUUAACUUACCAUCAAAGCUCACAAAGGUAGCUCAUCAUAUUGCCAUAACUGAAUCACCAUAUAUAGCUUUUUGUGUGUGUCACCUAUUUGCAUUUUUAGCAUCUCUCACAGAUACAUCAGAAGCAUGCAUGUGCUUUCCCCCCAAGGACUAUGCUUCUGCAUACAGUAACUACCGUCUGUUUUAUUUCAUUUAAUACUGUUACAGGUGCUCGUUCGGUUGAAAUAUUUAAAAGUCGGUUCGGUUUUAAAGUCUUAUACUGUCCACCCACAGUAUAAGGUGGAAUAUAUUUUAUGUGAAACCCAGACUAUUUUGUAUUAAUUUCUAUAUCUGUGAAUGUCAAGGGAACAAAAUGUGGUGUGCUGUGUUAAGCCACUCAAAGAUACUGUAUGUCUACUGCGCUUCUGCGGAUGACUCAGGCAGUUGAGUUCUGAUGGUCUUGGCCCAAAGUAUUAUGUUGUGUACGGUGGAACACCUGACUCUGAGACUUAGUGGCAUAAGGUCUUUGCCCUUUCACUCAAUCUUUUACUUCAACAGCAUGAAUCCAGACGUGCGUUCAAGGUGGCUAACAUUAGUUAACGUUCGUCGAAUUAUUGUCUUUUUUUCCCUGUUCGCCAUGAACGUUAGAUAGCUAAAGUUAGCUAACAGUUUUUAAAGGUAGUGCAUGGCGCACAGAAAUUUCUGCUGAUGGGGAACAUGCAGAGAGAACAAAAGUUGACAAAUAUUUGGCUGUUACACAAUGUAAUAUUUCUUCUUACCUUUAAAAACCACAGGUAAGCAACACAUCCGCUAGCUGGCAUUGUUUGACCUAAGUCGAAUCCAUUUGUAUUAAAAAGGUGUUGAUGGCAAAUUAAUGUUCAUUGAAAAUUGUUCAACAGUAACCGUUUGCUGCAAACAUUGUUCGCCACUGACGUUUGCUGUCUUGAACGCACGUCAGUUCUGAUUGGAAAUCAAGUCACGCCAGAGCGUCAGUUCUGAUUGGAAAUGUUUCUGUUUAUACAAAUAAUAAUUUAUGUAAUCCGGCAAAGGUCAAUACAUGCAAUCAUUUCAUUGACUGAUUAAUUUAUAAAAGGUCAAUCCAUACUAUUUGCAAACUGACAUUAUCAAAACAUGAGCUAGUUUAUGUUAUACUUGAGAGGUUAUUACAUUUCAAUAAUGAGGGUAAUGGUAUGUAUAAUUUUAAUCAUUGACUGCUAAACCUAGCCACAUUGGAACGGUAUUCUAGCCUUUCCAGUUUGACAUUAUCAGCUAGAGACGUGAGAAAUGCCUUGUUUGCUGUUCGGUUUCAUGGCAAAACAGACAUCAGGUAGAUCUAGUCUCUGCAUGCCAGUUUUAAAGGACUGAAAAUGGUACUCCGUCCAUUUCAACCAAAACUUGACCAAUCAGGAUUCUGGAAAUAUUGAAUGACGUAACAGAUGUUAUGCUAAUCAGAAAUUCAAUACAAAAUGGUCAUACAAAAGCUUGUCUGAAUGUUGAAGAAAAGAGUAAACAAUCUGAAUGUUAAAGAAAAUAAGUAAACUGAAAGCAUUAUAAAAAAUAACAAAUACAUUUAUUUUCAAGGCACAUUGAGAUGCUUUCCAAAGCAACUGUAAACCAUGACAGUGAGUGCUCAAACCAACUGAAAUUGAAACUGUAUGUUGUUCAAACCAAAUAAAUCCCACAAUAACGCAGAUUAUACAAAAUGACAGUUAUAUUUGUCAUUCCCAUGAUAAACCUCUGAUUGGUGGGAAAGAGAAUAGCCUGUAUCUACGGUAACCCAAUAAGUGUUGGCACUGCCUUUAAUGAAAAGCACCUCUAGUUUCACAUCUGUCCAGACUCCAUAUAUGGAAACCAAGGGAACACGACACACCCGACCUCACACAAACACACACGCGCACACACAUAUAAAAGAAAGGGAAAAAUGUCUUGUCAACAAAAUGAAUAUCCCCAACAAAAAAAAAAAUCUAAAAUGUUCCUCAAGAGUGUUGUGGCAUUAUCUAACUGAUGUAUGUGCAUAAAGAAUCCUAAUAUAUGUUUUUUAGAACAGUUUUGAUCUCUAUGUAUGAAUCUUAAAUAUAUUUAUACAUAUGUACUGUAUGUAUAUGUUGUGUAUAUUUACAGUGUAUUCAGACAAACCUGUGCUGUGCGCAGGUUUCUAUCCACGAAGAGCUGUGAGACUGAUAAAACACAUUUAUGGAUCAUGUGAAGUAGAGAAUGGAGGUAUGAAUAAAAUAUACUGAAAAAAGAAUUCAGUACUUCAUGUCA